GCCAUCCCACCGCCCGGCGCCCGCCCCGCGCAUUCCGGCAUACCGAUAUAACCUCUAGGGGUGCUGGAAUCUUCAUUUCACUCUGUAGUAGGUACAUCUAAGUAGAUAGAGGCUUUGCUUCUGCCCCUAUUCAUUACUGAUCUCGCCUCUGCCGACAUCACUGAAAUUUUGCACAGCCCAAAUGGCGGGAAUCUGAGAGAUAUUGAAAGUUUGAAAAAUUGAAAGAGUGAAAAUGCACGUGAAGUGUACUGUGGCUGUAUUUCUUUCGUUAAUUUCCUUCCAUUAUUCUUUUUCUCUUCCAUCAAAACGAGAAAACAAUAUUGCUGAAAGCCAAUCAGUGUUGGACCCUCAUGGAUUUUUACUACUAAAAUGGAGAACCGAUUAUACGAAUCGAAGAAUUCGAUUCACUUUGCUGAUUUCCGAAAAAGCCCCUUCAUUCAAUUGGAUGGCCUUAGGUUUUUCGGAUCGAGGGGACCUUAAUAAUUCAGAUGUGUGUUUGCUAUGGACAGAUUAUAAGGGACGUGAUCAUUUUGAGGACAUGAACUCCGACGAGGAAGGGAAAUUAUUCAGAGAUAUAAACCAAAACUGUGAAAACUUCGUUCUUGAUACCGAAAGCCGAAGUAUUUCAUUUGAGCGCUACUUUGAUACGUGUGAUGGCGACGAUUACGUAAUUGAAGAUGGCACAACACACAUAAUCUGGGCUCGUGGUAUGGAUAAAUUAUUUUCCUCUAAAGGAUUAUGUUUGGCUGGCACAUCAAGCCAAGACCACGGAUUUAUUAGAGUGAGGCUCUUGACGCCACCGGCAUUAAGAAAACCAAAUGCACGUCAAAUAAGAGUAACUAAUAAGGACUUCAAAGUUCCUGGUUCCGAUACAACAUAUUGGUGCAAAGUUCAAAAACUACCCGACUUUGUAUUGCAUAAGAUGCAUCAUAUUGUGGAGUUUGAAUCGACUAUUACAAAGGGAAAUGAAGGAUUGGUUCACCACAUGGAAGUAUUUUAUUGUGAUACUGACCACGAUAAGGAGAUCCCUUUAUACGAAGGAAGUUGUUUUGAUCCCAAGCGCCCAGAAAUCAUAAAAUCAUGUUCAAAGGUAAAAGCAGCAUGGGCCAUGGGAGCACUUCCAUUUACAUAUCCGGAGGAAGCUGGAUUGCCACUGGGUGGCCCUAAAGCUAAUAAAUACAUAAUGCUAGAAGUUCACUACAAUAAUCCGGAAAUGAAAAAUGAUUGGGUCGACAGUUCUGGAAUAAUUUUACAUGUAACAGCUAAUCGUAGACGGUUUGAUGCUGCCAUUAUGGAACUUGGACUUGAAUAUACGGAUAAAAUGGCUAUCCCUGGCCAGCAGUAUGCAUUUCCACUUAGUGGAUAUUGCGUUCCCCAGUGUACUGGGGUAGGGCUACCAGAACAAGGAAUUGUUGUAUUUGGGAGUCAGCUUCACACACAUUUGACGGGUGUUGCUGUAUGGACGAGACAUGUUCGACAAGGAGUGGAAUUGUCUUUGCUCAAUCGUGAUAUGCAUUACUCAACUCAUUUCCAAGAAAUAAGACUUUUGCACAACCCAGUACGGGUUUUGCCGGGUGACUUCCUGGAAACAACAUGCUUGUAUCGCACUUUAGAUAAAGUCAAUGCUACGAUCGGUGGUCAUGCUAUAACGGAUGAAAUGUGUGUCAACUAUUUACAUUAUUAUCCGGCCACAGAGUUAGAAGUCUGCAAAAGUGCUGUAGCCAACGAAGCCUUGGAAAAUUAUUUUAAAUUUGAAAAACGCUGGGAUAACAUGUCUAUUUCUGACAAAGCCUCGCCGCGUGAAAACUAUUUAUCUAUUCAUCCGUGGACACCUCUUAGAACUCAAUCUCUACAGAAGCUGUACGUUGAAUCUCCGAUAUCCAUGCAAUGUAAUAAGUCUGACGGAAACAGAUUUCAGGGAGAUUGGGAAGGCAUCCACAUACCGACAGUAAAAGUGCCGCUACCCUCUGAACCUAGAAAAUGCCCUGAAUCAUAUUAAUAAACAGAGAUACCUACCUAACUACUCAUUUCAAACUUACAUCAAUACUUUCCUUUGUACAGUCUGGACUAGAGAAACCUGACCCUUCUCCCUACUAUUGUCAGUCUGUGGAGAGUCAGGUUUUCCCAGACAGUGCAUUAUCUUAAUGUAAAAUUUUAUGUCUAACAUAAACCACACAUUUAACAAUGUUUAGAAGUUUUUUUUAGAAUAAAUAGUAGUAGAUGAAAAUGUUGUAUAAGUAUCUUCAUUACUAAACUAUGAUUAUAAUCAUCAGCUUAAAUGAUUAUAUAGGUAUUAAGUAUGUAUUAUUAUAUGGAAAUUAAAAAAAAAUGUUAAAUAAAAUAUAAUAUGUAUGUAUGAUAUGACCCUAAGCUUGUAAAUAACCAUAAAUGUACUUAGUUAUGUAGGAAUUUAGCAGUACAGAAUAAAGAUACACGAUAAAAACAAA